CAUGAUGGGAAGAAGGCCAAACCUUUUCAAAGUAUGGCAGCAGAGAAUUGCAUUUCCCCUGCUGUAACGAAAGAAGGAGCGAGGAAAGAGAAAAGGAGCGGGAAUGCAGUGCCUGGGCUCGUAUAUCCACCUUCUCCUCUUGCUGGGGGCGUUUUCUGCAGGCACAGUCGAUGGAUCCUGCGAUCCUAAAGCUGCUGAGAUCAUAGGAGGCAAUUAUAUUCUCCUGGAAGAUGGAACCUCAUUGAUUUAUGACUGUCCUCAGGGACAGUAUCCCUAUCCGACACAAUUCCGGUUUUGUAAUAAUGGCAGACAGUGGAGCCCCUUGACGGGCAGGGACGGCAGGACUGUCGAGCAGGCUGCGUGUCGAGCCAUCCGGUGUGUCAGGCCCCUAGAAUUUGAAAAUGGUGUAUUUGAGACCAUCCAACAAUUUUACAACAUAAACCAGGAGCUGAAUUUCUCUUGCUACGACGGAUACAAACUGCGAGGGUCCCAGAUACGUACCUGUCUCCCCAAUGGGAAAUGGAGUGGAGAAACAGCCAUAUGUGAUGAUGGAACUGGCCAUUGUCCUGACCCAGGAAUUCCCAUUGGCGCCCGAAAAUACGGCACAGAGUAUCAAAGAGACAGUUUAGUUCGCUACCAGUGUUCUAGAGGGUUGUCUCUUAUCGGAUCUAAAGAAAGAGUUUGCCAAGGAUCAGGAAUUUGGAGCGGAUCCGAACCAGAAUGUCGGAGCCAAUUCACUUAUGAUUCUAAAGAAGAAAUUGCCACUAAGUUCCUUCUGUCCCUCAUUGAAGUUGCUUUGUCUGCCAGCCAAGGAGCAUCACCUAACAACAGAAGUGACUCACUUAAUAUCUACUUUCUCAUUGAUGCCUCGAAAAGCUUUGCCCAAAAAAGUUUCACAAAGGCUAAGGAAGCAUUGGUGAAGUUAAUCGAGAAGAUCUCCAGCUAUGACCUCCUUCCCAAUUAUGGCAUUGUGACUUUUGCCUUCGAAAGCAGAAAGGUUCUGAGUACAAUUAAUGCAUGGAGUAGCGAUGCUAACUGGGCGUCUGAACUGCUGGGCUCCAUUAGCAUCAAUGCACAUGAGCUGAAGCCUGGAACCAACAUCGGGAAAGGCCUUCAAUCUGUCUAUGAAAUGAUGAUUGCGCAGGAGGAGGAAGAGGUGCGACGGGGGCUGAAUCCCCCUCCUGUCUCCACCACAACUCGUCAUAUCAUUAUUCUCCUAACGGAUGGAAAAUACAACUUGGGGGGCUCACCAUCUUUGGCCAUCCAACAGAUAAAGAAGUUUCUUAAAAUUGGCAGCUCUUCCCCAAACCCUCGGGAUGAUCAUUUGGAUGUUUAUGCCUUUGGUAACGGCCCUGACGUCAAUGUUGAAAAUAUUAACGAAUUGGCUUCUCACAAACCCAAUGAGAGACACGGCUUCAUUUUGAAGGACUUGAGUGAACUGCAAGAGGUCUUGGAGGAGAGUUUGGGCGAUGGUGAAUCUUUGCCCAUGUGUGGUUUCUCACCAGGAGAAGAAGCAGUAAACGACUAUGAAAAGUAUCCCUGGUUUGCAAGGAUCGUCAUCAAUGAACCGCGGCAAGAAAUCUGCAAGGGAGUCAUUGUCUCUGACCAGUACAUCUUGACAGCAGCCCACUGCUUGGCCGGGAUCAAAGACAUCAGCAUCAUCCUUGGAGCCACCAACUUUGCAGUAGCUGAAAUCCAAUACCACCCAGAAUAUAAUAGUGAGAAAAUAAAAAAUAAGGACUCCCUGGAGUUCUACAAUUAUGAUGUUGCUCUUGUCAAACUCAAAGAGAAGCACCUUCCAUCUUUUACAAGGCCAGUCUGCCUACCGUGCACAAUAGACACCACUCGGAUUCUGAGAAAGCCACAUCCUCAGACCACAUGCAAGGAUCACGAGGAAGAACUCCUGUAUGAUGGAAAUAUUCCUUCUCUUUUCAUCACCCCCUGUGAAUACAGCAGUGGACAGAAAUCUGGAUUGCUCCAGAGAAACGUGUUGAUCAAGAAUGGAGAAAAGAAAAUGGCCUGCAACCUGGAUGCUGAAAAAGCCAAAGGAUACGUGAACGUUGCAAAUAUCUCAGAGACGGUGAACGAACACUUCCUUUGCACAGGAGGCAUUGAUCCACAAGAGGACCCCAACGUUUGUUCAUAUGAUUCUGGUGGACCUCUCCUCAUUCAGAGAAGGCUACGUUACGUCCAGUUGGGUGUGAUCAGCUGGAGCGUGGCUGACACUUGCGAAGGCAGCAGAUCAUUAUUGUGCGACUCGGAGCCUGUGAAGCAGCAGUCCCUUCCCCACGCCAGAUAUUUCCACAUCAACAUCUUCAAAAUUCUCCCUUGGCUCAAGGAGCAAUUGGGGACAGAGGUGGAGUUCUUGUAAAUUCACUUUUCUCUUUGCUUUGUCUUGAAUAAAUGAAUGACGUGUUUUAGCAUCCUUAAAA